AACCGUGCUCGAUCUCACGUGUGUGUACGGCCAUUUGUGCGCUUUCGCCUUUUUCGCUGCCGGUGGAAUCAUUCUCAAAAUAUAAAUACGUUGUUACUCUUUAAUUGAUAAUGGCAACAAUUUUGCGGUCUUCGAGGUAUAUUCGAAGAUUAUCUAACCUUUCCAGAAGAAUAGCAUUUACGAGUAAUGAUGCUAAUACUGUAUCUAAAUUAAAGUUAGAUGCAUCGGUUUGUUCUUCGUCGCCAUCGUUCGUUAAAUCUUAUGCAAGUAAGGUGGCAGUCAAAGAAUCAUCGAACCUUGAUAUUAAUAAUGAGUUAUCAAAAUUAAAUGAAGAUGCUAAACGCUUUGGAAGGUUACGUAGAGUAGAUGUAGAUAAUGUUCUGAGGAAUGUCAAAGAGACAAAAAAACUAUCAAGCACACAAGCUCUUAUGCUGAUUAGUUGCUGUGGCAAUUUAUUAGUGGAUGAAACACCUGAUACUAGGUUGGCGACUGUUAAAGAAAUAUGGAAUCUUAUUGAGCAUUUAGAUGUUCCAGUUGAUAUUUCACAUUACAAUGCACUGUUGAAAGUAUAUCUUGAAAAUGAAUACUCUUUUUCACCGCUUAAUUUUUUGGUUGAAUUAGAGAAAAGAAAUAUUGAACCAAACAGAGUUACAUAUCAAAGAUUCAUUACUCGAUACUGUAAUAAUGGAGAUAUUGCUGGAGCAACAAAAAUAUUAGAAUUUAUGAAAGAGAAGCAGUUGCCUGUAAAUGAAAAUGUAUUUAAUUCAUUGAUAACAGGACAUGCAAGAGCUGGAAAUUUGGAAAAUGCUGUAAAUGUAUUGAACGUCAUGAAACAAGGGGGAGUGAAUCCAUCGGCAACUACAUAUGCAACACUUUUAUGUGCAUAUGCAGAGAAAGGAGAUAUUGAGGCUAUCAGAAAUACACUUGCUACCUGUCAGUCUCAAGAGAUAUUCUUGAUGGACAAGGAUUAUAUGGAUAUUGUUUAUUCUUUAGUUUUAAAAGGCCAUAAACAAUAUAUUGAAGAAAUCAUGUCUCUUUCGCCAAAGAGUGCGGGAUAUGCAUUCGAUGCUACAAAUUUGGUGCAUAAAUUAAUUAAUAUUGGCGAGAUCGAUAUAGCAUUACAAGUACUUUUGUCCGUUCCAAGAAAAGUGCGUAACGAUGGAAGAACAUCAACAGUUGGAACAUACUUCGUGAGGAAGUUGGUGUUCUGCAAUGUGUCACCUGAGAAAAUCAUUGAAACGUGCAAGUUUCUAGAAUCAAAAGAACUAAAUAAUCAAGCUUUUUCCGUUGCCAUAGAAGCCAGUUUCUUAAAAGGUAAUGCUGCCCUGAGUAUUCAAUUGCUUGAAGCUUGGAAGGAGACAGGUGCAACUAUAAAGCAGCAUUUCUUUUGGCCAUUAUUCGUUGCUCAUGGAAAUCAAUCAAACUUCCAAGGUAUUCUCGACACGAUUGAUGUUAUGAUUACAAAAUUUGAAUUGAAUCCUUCAAUCUACACCUUGAAAGAGUACGUUCUGCCACAUGCUGUUGGAAGUAUAGAACAAAUUGCGAAUGCUCUGAUGGAACAUAACAUUCAACCAUUAACGAUAAUAAAUGCUUUCGCUUAUAUGUUACUUGAGAGUGGUAAAUCCAAGGAGGCCUACGAAUUCAUGGUCAAUUAUUCAACACGACUUCUUACCAACAUCCUCAUAAGGCCUCUUCUUGAUGCAUUUAUUAUUAAUGGUGAUGUUGAAUCUUUUGUCAAUGUAACUCGACUCUUACACGAAUCAGCUGAUUUAAAAGACAAGGAUAAUGAGGAUGAAAUUGAAGAAGCGCAACAAAUAAGAUUCAACGUUCCUGAUACACUGCUGUUUCGACUUCUCAAAAUGAAAUCCACAAAAAAAGUAGAAGUUAUAGAAAAGAUUUUGGAAGGGUUUACGCAGCAAGGGUUUACUAUUUCUGCUGAAGUUGCCAAUGCGGUUAAGGAAAGUUUUUCUGACAAAGUUACUCCAAAAAUGUCAGAACUUCUCAGCCAGCUAACAUCAGGCAAUUUGGCUCUUAAUGAAAUACCAAGACAAAAUAAAUCGCGUCAUUCAAUAUUUUUGAAGAAAGAUCUCGAGAAUAUUAAAGCAAAAGGUGGGUCCACGAAUGGCUUAAGUAAAAGGCUUCUUAUUGAAUAUAUAACUGCUAAAGAUGAGGAAAAUGUCAGCAAAUUAUUAAAGGAAUUGCAUGAAGGCGAUUUUGUAUUUAAUGCAGGCCUUUAUGCACAAUUGAUCGAUUUUUAUUCUGCUCAAGAAAACUUAAGCGAAGCUGAAAAAUAUUUCAAAGAAUUAAAAAACUUAGAUUCAAGUACUCGAAUGGAUUUUGUGAAAACUCUAAGAUAUGCAAUACUUCUCGUAAAGAAUGAUCGUCAUAGUGAAGCACUACAGUUAAUCAAGGAUUUACCGACUUUCGAAUCUAUGAAAGAAGAUAAAACGUUUGGAGAAACGUUUUUAAAACGAUCCGUCAUGCUAACGAGACAAUUAUUGAAUCUUGUAGCAGAGAAAAGUGAUCCAGAUCAGUUGAACGAAUUUUUCGAGGCAAUUGAAUCAAAGCAUUUAGCUCAGAACGUGAAUGCUAUACUAAAUUCAUUAGUCAAGGUCCAUCUUAUCCGGAAUGAUCUAGAGACAGCGUUAAAUACAUUUGAGAAACUUGCUCUACAAUAUAAGUGCACACCGUAUAAACAAGAGUUGGCAAAGAAAUAUAUAUUAGCGGAAGAUGCUGCGUCAUUACAACGUUUAACAGACAUUAGUACUCAGGUACACGGUGAAGUAAAUUCAUUGCAGGACCUUGCAAUAGCUUUUAUUGAAUGCGACCGUAUUCGCCAAGCCAAGAAGAUUUUUGAGACACCUGGAUUAUUUGCAAGAGACCACAGACUUAUUACAGCUGCACAGAACUAUGCUCAAGAUGAAAAUAAAGAAUAUUUGCAGAAGUUAUUAGAAGCUACAAAGAACACACUUUUUAGUAAUAGAUCAGAAUUGUACAAUCUACUUCUUUCUGUACACUAUAAGGACAAUAACUGGACUGAAGGAUUAGCCACGUGGACAAUGAUGCAAGAAGAGGAUAUUCAACCCUCUGAGAAAUUUUUACAGCAACUAGCUACAUUAUUGUUAAAGAACGGGCAAGAUGUUCCUUUCGUUUACGAAAAACCACGAUUGAACUUUGAUAAUAGUAGCAGUAAGCUUAUUAAAAACAUAGAAGAACAUAUAAAGAGACGGGAAUUUCAACGUAUUGCGAAAAUCCUUGACAGCGGAAAAUCAAAUGCGGUAAAAUCAGCUUAUGUCGUUAUGAUAGGUAGAUUACUCGAUGCGGAGGCAUUGGACGACGCUAUAGAGUUUACUAAGUGCGUAGUUACACGACAUCCUAAAAUUAUACAAUUAAAUGAAUUUCAAAGUUUAAUGGAGAAACUCGGCCAGGCUGGUAAAGUUGAUGAUAUUACAAAAAUACAAGAGUUGAUACCAUCGGCAAUGUCGUCGACCUUGUUUUUCAAUAAAUAUUUGCUGAAAGCAUAUAUGGCUGCAGGAAAAAUUGAACAGUUUUUAGAAAAUCUUGAGAAGAAAGUUAUUUCGACUCCUGGAAGUAAAUGGCCUAAUUUACUUCACAAUAAUGUAAUGCUUAAUAUACUAGAAUCGGAACCAAGCGUUGUUGAAAAAUAUAAACCGUAUGCUGAGAAGUUGGCAGAACAUGGCUUCAUAGUACCCAUGAAUAUAUUAUGGUGCUAUUAUUUCUUGAAUAGUAAUCCAAACGCUGAAGAAAUAUGGUCGAAAUAUUUGGUAAACAGUGAAAAACUGUUUACAAAAUUGAUUUUGUAUACUGUCGACAAGAAUAAUGAUAUAGAGCUCUUAAAAGAAUUAGUGAAAAAGGUGCAGGAGAGUAACAUGUCUCUCCAGAACAGAGCUAAUGCAUACAAUGAUAUGAUCUCUCUUUACAAUAAAAAAGGUUUAUUUCAAGAGGGCCUAGAACUUUUAAAUGAAAUUGUCAAAGAAGUACCUUUAGAAACCGUGAAAGCUUCGAUACUGCAACGCUUGAAGGAGGGUAUUGAGAAAUCAGGACACUCUUUUCCUUACAUUUUGGAGCCACGUCAAGCUAAUGCAGCUUCUGCAUAAGUGAACUUGUCACGAGAUUAGCAAUAUAUUAUUUAUCUAUUAUAAAAUUGAAGAACCCAACCGAAGUGACGUACGGAAUUAGUACUAACUUUUCUUCUUUCUUUGUUCACAUAAGAUUUCUUCAUUUAGGACACAGUGCUUUUCACAAUCUAUCAUGUAGAAUAUCAUUAUCCACAAACUUCAUUGUUUGAUUCUGUAAGUAUAUAUAAAAUUAAAUUUUGUCGUUGUAACUAUUAUGCUGUACUAUUUACUUGUAAAAAUUUAUAUAACGUUAAACCUUAAGAAUAAAAUACCAAAAAGUAAAA